AUGGACACAAGCUUCGAACAAAAUUUCUUUGUUUUUAUUUUGGAAAGCGAUCUAAAUAAGGUCGAUCAACGACUACGAUUUGCUACAGACGAGGAUCUUAUAUGUCAACUAGCCGAUGAAUUGUAUCGGCAUUAUACAAAGGAAGCACAAAAAUAUUUUCAUUUGGGCAAUGUAAAAAUGUCUAAUGACCAAGAACGUUUAGCUAAUCGAAUUUAUAGCGAAUUACGAAAUGUUCAUAACAAUAUAAUCACACUUGAAAAUAAUAACCCAUCAUUUGUUUGUCCAAAAACAGAACUCAUCUGGCUCAAAUCUAAAAUGCAAGAUUAUGCUAAUGUUGACGAGUUACAAAAAUAUUUCAACGAACUUGUUUCUUCUUAUUCAAGUUUUUAUAAUCAAGAUGAUUGUCAGCAUUACUUAAGAAAUGAUAAAAAUAUCGGUGGUAUAUUUUUGAUCAUUGAUAUCGAUUAUAACUACGUUUGA